ACUGACCUGACCUUUAUGCUCAAUAUUUUUGAAUCAGACAAUUUUAAUACUCGUAACUAUGAAGACGUCGUGUUCCUUCCUGGGUACAUGGCAUUGACCGUCAGAACCAUAAAUAUGGAGUACAAUGAUCGGACAGCACAGUAGAGACUGAGCUCUUAACAAUAGCUGGUCAAUUCUGCCACUAGCAUCAUUUUCUCGCACCGUAACAAUGAAAUAUUUAUCGACACUUGUGCUACUAGUUACUUUGUGCUACGCUAAAGAUGAAGAUGAGAGCUUUUUACCCGAAUAUAUCCAUCCCUGCACCCUUGCUGAUGAAGAAUUUGAAAAAUGUGUUAGAAAACAAAUAGUGGAAAGCCUGCCACAUUUCGCCAAUGGUAUCCCUGAGAUGUCGGUGCCAUCUAUAGACCCUGUUGAUUUGAACGACAUUAUUAUAGAUGGAAGUGGGCUUAAACUAAAAUUCAGCGAUGCCAAAAUGCAUGGUCUCUCCAAACUAAAACUGGCAGAUUUUAAAAUUCAAUUGGGUGUUGACAACGAAUCGUUCAUUCUAGCAGUAAAGGGAAAUUUAAGUCUAACUGCCCAGUAUAAUGCAGAUGGAAGAAUUUUGAUUCUCCCACUCAAAGGGGAAGGGGAUGCUCUUAUCGAUUGUCGAAACAUCGAAGUCAACAUCAGUAGCUUGCUGGAACACGUGAAGGGCAAGGAUGGCAAGGAGCAUUUGAAGCUGUUAACUCCGAAUUACGAAUAUGAAAUUGAGUCCACCACUUUCGACUUGAAGAAUUUAUUUAAUGGCAACAAACAAUUAGCGGAAACCACCCUAAAGUUCGCAAACGAAAACUGGCGUCAACUUAUGGACGACCUUGCCCCUCCUGCCGUGAAGCAGAUUGUGAAAACCAUAGUCAAAGCUAUAAACAAGUUCCUCUCCAAAGUUACUAUACCCCGCAUCGUUAUAGGCUACAAAGAGAGACUAUGAUAGCUUUAAUUACCUACUAAGAAAAUUAUGUGAUCUCCGUAAGAGCCCUAACAUACUGGGACGCCAUGGCGACGUCACCGGCUACGUAUCCAAACAAUUCGUAUUAAAAUGUAUGACAGUUAACUCACUUGGCUACAGUCUGGUAACGUCGCCAAUUUGGGAGAGUGGCCACAACCGACCGGUCCUUACGAGCAGACUGGUUACUCUGGCGACGUGAAGCCGAGUCUGUAUUUUGUAUAUGUCGCAGGAAAAUGGUAUAAACCGGGAUUUCGCCAUAUCCCUUAGGGAUAGGGUCAAACCCCGCGAGAUGUUCCAGUGCGUUAGCGCUCUAAGGAAUUUAAUUCGAUAGAAUAUUAAGUAAGUAUGUAGUUCCGGCCCCAUUUGUUAUAAUAAACACAUACAAAUUAAAAUUCAAGGUCCUAAAUGUACCUAAACCAAUUUUUUAUAUGUGUAGGUACAAAGUACAUACCUACAUAAUAUAAAAAUCUUACCAUACAAAGUAAUAUAAAUUAACAUUAGAUAGAGAUCUUAGCAUUAUGUAGCAAAUGCGAUUUGUUUAUCAUACGUAUUUUUUUACAUUUGUUUUUUAUAAAUGAUAAUUAAAUUAAGCCUGACCAGAAAAAUAAAGUACCUCGCCAUAUUGCGGAAAGCCCGUGGAACUAAUUUACACAAGACCGUAUUCUUAGUGACAAUAGACCAUAUUAUGCUAGUGGCGCCCCCAGAGCAAGUUUUUUAUAUUU